AUGGCAAAUCUGAUUUCUUCGAUAUUCAAUGAUUUUCAUUUGCGCGACUUCCAGUAUAGCACUCAAAUAAAUCGUUGGUUCCUAAAACCAAUCGGAAUCUGGCCGAUGCUCACCGAGUCUACCAGAACAGAGAAACUUGUAGUAAAGCUAUUAAUCCUCACCUGCCACUUAUUGAUCAUCUUGACUGUUGCGCCCUGUGUGUUGUACAUUCUAUUCGAAGAUACCAGCCUGAAAGUUAGAAUGAAGGCGAUCGGUCCGAUGAGCCACUGGCUGAUGGGCGAACUAAAUUACUGUUGCCUACUGAUGAGAUCCAGAAACAUCGAGCAUUGCAUCAUACACGUAGAACACGACUGGCAAACGGUUGAAAAAGUCAGUGACCGCGAAAUUAUGCUGAAGAGCGCCAAAUUUGGACGUUUCAUCGCGUGCAUCGCAGCGUUAUGUAUGCACAGCGGCGUCCUGUCCUACAACGCGAUCACAGGCUUUCAAAAGAUUGUGUUCUACAUUGGGAAUGAUAGUUAUUCGAUGUAUCGGUUACCGUGUCCGUUUUACACGAACCUGUUGGACGUUAGAUUCAGUCCAAUGAACGAGAUCAUGUUCGUUCUACAGUUCCUUUCUGGAUUCAUCGUUACCUCCAUUACGGUGGGAGCUUGCGGUCUGGCGGCUGUCCUGGCGAUGCAUGCUUGCGGUCAGUUGAGCGUUGUAAUGUCCAAACUGGACAAUCUGGUGGACACGAAGGAAGAGAAGGAGGAACAGAAGGUAGCUCGGCAGAAGCUUGGUUCCAUCGUCGAGCAUCAUCUGCGAACAUUGAGUUUUCUAUGUUACAUAGAGAAAGUUAUGAAUAUGAUAUGUCUCGUUGAGUUAGUGGGAUGUACGAUGAACAUGUGUCUGAUAAAAUAUUACUUGCUUACGGAAAAGUCGAAGAAAGUAUUAGCUACAUAUGUCAUCGUAUACGUAUCGAUGAUCUUUAAUAUAUUUAUAUUUUGUUAUAUCGGAGAGAUAAUUACGGAGCAGUGCAAAGAAGUCGGAGAGAAAGUGUAUAUGACCGAAUGGUACCGCUUACCUCACAAAACCGCACGUAGCUUGGUCAUGAUCAUCUCAAGAUCCAACGUGGUGAUCCAGAUCACUGCUGGGAAAUUUAUACAAAUAUCUAUCGUGACUUUUGGCGCUGUGUUUAAAACGUCUUUCGCGUAUCUGAACGUGAUCCGCACCAUGGCGAUGUGA